AUGGAUACUGCUGUUGAUCACAGGCCAAUGCUCACCCUGCAGCAAGCAACCAAACUGACACUGCAACUUUAUGGCAUGACCAUAAUUGAUAUCUCCACCCUGCCGAGUUACAUUGACCAGAACUUCCUUGUAGUGGACAAGGAGAAUACAAAGUACGUCCUGAAGAUCAUGAACUCAGAAGAAAGUAAGAAUGACAGCCUGUUGGAGGUGCAGACCCUGGCCAUGUCCUUUCUAAACCAGCAUGGACUUCCUUGUCAGACAGCCAUGCUCACCACCACUGGGAAGCUCAUGAAUAUGGAGGAAAUCGACUGUGGACAAGGUGCUCAGACCUACUGUGUGAGGCUGAUGAACUAUCUCCCUGGAAAAACCAUCGCAGAAUCUUUAGUCACAGUGCAAGAUCUCUAUCAAGUCGGCAAGUUGGCUGCCGUCAUAGAUAGAACAAUGCAACAAUAUGUAUCUCCAAACCUGGAUGUCUUACACAAAAAUGAGCUUUGGAGUUUAUCCAACAUUCCUCUCAUAGAGGGCUACCUAUCAGUGAUGGAUGGAGAUCCUCUGCAGGAAGUGAUUAAAGCAGUCAUUAAACAGUAUGAGUCACACGUGAUGCCCAAGAUCGUCUCUUUCCGUAAAGGAAUAAUACAUGGGGAUAUGAAUGACCAUAACGUCCUUGUCACACCUGUAGACAACGGGCGUCAUGAGGUGUCAGGCGUGCUGGACUUUUCUAUGCUCAUGAUUGAUUGCUAUGUAUUUGAAGUGGCUGUAACAAUUGCGUACAUGAUGAUGGAGAACCCCAGUCCUCUGGAUGUAGGCGGAGCAGUGUUGGCAGGCUGGGAGAGCAUCACGGUGCUCAGUGAUGAGGAAAAGGAUUGCCUCUUCCUGCUGGUGCUCGGCCGGUUGUGCCAGUCUCUGGUUUACGGCCGGUACCAUAGCACAAAGUACCCAGACAACCAGAAAUAUCUCCUGACAACAGCCAAAAGUGGAAUUCGGCUUCUUAAUAAACUGUGGGAGCUGGGCAAGAAAGAUGUAGAAAGGAAAUGGUUCACAGAUGCCGGCACAUUCUCAGACAAAUAA